ACGCACGGACGCUCCUCUCCUCUCCGGAGCCGCGCGCAGAGAUCAAUCUGCCGGGGAGAGAGCCACCAUGUCCCGGCAGGACAUGGUAACUUCAAUGUUAUUUUUUUACUGAGAAAAACUCAGGACUUUUAGCCGUAACAAGGUCAUCUGUUCGGACUGAGCGUAUUUAAGUGAGAGCUGACGGGAGCGUUGAGGAUUUCAUCAGUUUCCAUACUUUUGAUAGAUUCAUUCAAAUGUAUUGAGAACUCUAAGGACUACUUUUAUCUCUUUUACUUUUUGACAAAAACACUAAGACUUUUGGACACUUUGUUUAAACUUUUUUGAGUUGGAGAUGGAGCCGGAGGAGGGAAAGCUCUCAGUGUGGGUCUGCCGGGAGGAGAAGCUCGUCUCCGGGCUGACGAAGCGCACCACUUGCGCAGAUGUGGUCAGAGUCCUGCUGGAUGACCAGAACCUGCAGCAGGGGGCCGCGGCCGCGAUGCUGUCCGGAGCCCCGCAGUCCUACUGCGUGGUGGAGAAAUGGAGAGGCUUCGAGAGGAUUUUACCCAACAAGACCAAAAUCCUCCGGCUGUAUGGCGCGUGGGGGGAAGAGCAGGAGAAUGUCCGAUUUGUCCUGGUGAAGAACGAGGCUUCGCUACCUAAUAAUGGACCCCGCAGCGCUGAGGCCCGUGUGGUCCAGAGCCGGGAGAGCGGCGGUCCGGGCGGGGGGCUGAAGGGCACCGCCAAGACCUGCUGGACCGCUGCGGCCACCGCGGCCAACCUGUCCCAGGACAAGCAGAGGCGCAUAGUCAGGAAGGCUUUCAGGAAGUUGGACAAGAUGAACAAAAAGAAGGAUCAGACUGUCCCCAAAGAUAAGGGCUCGGUGGAGAAGAUGGAGACGCUGGUUCACCUGGUGAUCUCCCAGGACCACACCAUCCGGCAGCAGGUCCAAAGGAUCAAGGAGCUGGACCGGGAGAUCGAGCGGUACGAGGCCAAAGUGCACUUCGAGCGCAUCAAGAGACAUGGGGUGAACUAUGUGCAGGACACAUACAUGGUGGACGCCUCCUCGGAGGACCCUGCCGCCUCGGACUGUAAACUCAAAGCGGAGCGGCAGGACGCGCGAUGCACGGAGGAGGCGGUGGCGCAGUUCGAGGAGUAUGCGCUGCGGUGCGAGGAGGUUGUGCGGCUGCAGGAGGAGGUGACGGAGCGGGAGGCGCUGGUGGAGUGCAUCACCGGGGAGAUCCAGGAGGAGCUCAACAGGCGGUGGAUGAAGCGGCGUCGGGAGGAGAUAGGAGCGGAAGCGGCGAAGGACACGGACAGCCUCGCGGAGGAGAUGAGCCUGAAUGCCUCUCCAGCUGUGGAGGCAGAUGUGGAUAGUUCGUCUGAGAAUGAGUUUGUGUUGGAGGAGGAGAGGAUUAAAACGCAGCUGGACACCAGCUUGUACAUCGGGCUGCGGUUGAAGACAGACCUGGACUCCAUCAGGGGGGACUUGGACCUGAGUUUGGCGCUCUGGGAGACCAGGGAGAGUGAACUUCUGGACCUACUGGCUAAAGUUGAGACCAUAGAGAUAGAGCAGGUGACUGAGGAUGGUGAGGCAGAGCUGGGGCCAGUGAGCAUUGAAGCUGAGCCCCCAGAGGAGAAGAGCAGCGUCUGGGUGGAGCAGGCCAGAGGUCUCUCCAAGACCUGCCACACCAACGACGAGGACUCGGACACAGGCUUGAGCUCCAUGCACAGCCAGGACUCUGACAACCCCCCUGUGUGCGAGUCACUGGUAUAGACUUUGUGAAGCAUGUUGGACUAAACUCAGGGGCAGAGAAUCAGUGUUGGCUAUAGAGUGGUGCAGUGAAUGACGUGUUUUUGUAAUCUAUCCCGGAAGUUAGCAUCGCAAGGGCUCCUACAAUAAAAAACAAUGGGCAUUUUCCAUUGGAUAUUGGAUAGAAUAUUGAAGAAAAUAAGAUAUGUGGCAAGCACACAUUCAUGAAAUGUACACGUUUUGUUCAGCAGGAUAAUCUCCACAUAUUAACACCAUGUUGAUAGUUGAAGUAAAUGCAAACGGCAGAAGUAAAAAGCUAACGUUAGGCCAUUUAUAAACUAAGUUAAGCUAACGUUUGGCAUGUUGACAUGUAGGCUAGUAGUCUCAUUUAGCCACUUUUCUUAAGACAUGUAAAAGCUUCAUUAAAAUUUUUUUACUUCAAGACGAGGGUGGGCAAUAUUGCAAAAACGUAUUUCAGGGUUUAGGACUCAUUCCUGCACCACUUUUUUUGGGAGAUGUUUCCGAAAAUGCACCUCAACACAGAUCAUUCUACAGCAAUAAUUCCUAAAAGUAGUUGCACAGUAAGCUUGUGGGGACAGCAUGAGUAGAGAGGGGAAAUACGGCCAUGCUGCUCCAUAGCUGACCUCCAUGAGGAGAGUCAACAGAGUAAGACAAAUAGCCCAUAGGAGUAUUAUAAUAAACCACUGAUAAUCUGUAGUCUUCAUCGAGAAAUGUAGGCCUACUUCAAAGUAAACUCGACACAGGUUCACAAAGAGUUAAUAACAGCUUGCUUAUGUCAGGACACUUUUUGCUGAAGCCGCUAAAAGGGGGAGACUGAGUGUUACACUCUGUAAGUACAGGUUUCCUUUAAAAGGUCAUAAGUAAUUGUAGCUUAAAGCACAGAGAAGUACUGGUAGGUCAACUCCAAAAUGCUCUUUCGAUCAAACAAAAGCACAAUUAAUGUCAGUUCACCUCAGCCUGUUCAAAACAACAUUGAAAUGUACAAAAAAUCAAUGGCAAGGUAAAGUCUUACCUAACUACUAUGCUAAAUUGUAUCAGAAUUUUGGGAAUGAAAACUGCAGACUUUGUGAAUUGGUGUUGAAACAGUGAUCCCUGUCCAGCUGGCUAAGCAGAGUAGAUUGAUUGAUAUUGAUCACCGUAUUAAAAGUGUCUGUCUUUAAAGCACAAAAAGUUAUAUUUAUUUAACAAUAGACAUGAGUAAUCUGCGACACUCUGUCCUGAACGAGUCAACUAUCAUAGAUAGGAUUAUCUUAUUUCUUUUCUAGCGGCUGUUUCAUUGUUGUUAAAAGCAGUGGUUCUAAAUCUUUUUGGCUUGUGUCCCUUUAAAAUAAUUCAAAAUCAUCUUACAAAGUUAAGCAUUUCUAGAGCUGUGAGCAUUUCAAGCAAGCAAAGACUGAUUUAUUGAUCAAGUUUGAAUAAUUAUAGACCCAAGGAAGACACAAUUCUAAAAGACUGAAAACAUAUACAUCACUUUAUUGGGCAAAAUUGUUUUGUGCACAUUUUCUCAUUUGGACCAACUAAGAAGGUCCUGAACUGUUGGGAAUUAAGGGGGGGGGGGAAAAGUCCACAGAACAUUCAUAAAGAUAUAAGUUCAGAGUAAAAACAAAUGUGCGCUUCUUAAAAGAUGUAGUCCAGUAAUAUAGUAUUUUACUUCCAUAGAGGUGAGAGACUUACAAAACACAAAAAAUAAUGAAUGAAAUUCAAGCAGACAGCCUAAAUGUUAGUUCGUAAUAUGGAUCAAGCUCCAAAAACACUGAAAAUGCACCCAUAAUGCAAAUAAUUCACACAUUUCACUUGUAAAUCUGGCUUUCUGUUAAAGAUUAUACAUCUGAAGUCAUGGCUUUAGGUGAACAUUAGAUAACUGAGGAUUUAAUUUAUUAUACAACAGCUUUCACACGCUGAGUACACCAACAUUCUGAUGGUGGCUUGUUUCCCUGAAAAGCAUCUUACUUAACCAUAAUCAAGGAGCAAACAAUGUUAAUACAAGGAGUUAUUUCCCUAAAGGACGGUUUACAUAAAUUAAUCUGUAAAAUAACAAACACCAGGAAUACAAAUGUGAGACUGUACAUUCGAUCGCUACAGUUUAGUCUUAUCUGUCUAUUUAACAAAUGUAUGGAACAACCUAUGGAAAGCCAAGAAGUCCAAAAACGACAUAACAUUUAAAUUAGAAGCAGCAAUUUGUCAUACUUUACUUCCUUCAUGAGGCAUUAUGAUCCUCAAUAAUGUUACCUUGUUUUAUCUAAGUCAAUCUGUGAGUACAAACACCUGUAAGAUUUAAUUUUAAGAUGCUUUUUGGGAGAAAUGACCCCAUUUAGUCAGACCAAAGCCUCUGUAUCUCUGAACACUGUGACAUUAAGAAGAACUAUUUUAAGCCUCCGUUCACUUUCUACAUCCUGGAAAAAGUUGCUGCGUUAGCUGUCCUUCCUUAUUAACUUUUCCAGGAACUGCAACAGAAAACAACACAAAAGCUACCACAAUAAAUUAUUUUAAGAUCAUCCUUCAGUUAAAUCCCUCUGUAUGUUUGUCUGACUGCAUUGAUAUGAAUCGUACAUGUUUGUCCAACUGUAAAUGAAUGAAUAACAUAGAAGAGACUGAUGAUACUGUUUCUGUGGCUUUAGCUGUUAGCUUUAGCCAAAUACUAGCUCAUAGCUAAUUUAUGUAGCUUGUUCAGGGAGAGUUUGGGCCUCUACGUACAUGAAAUUCAGCUAAAUGGCUCCAAAUCAGCAACUCUGAAGCUACAGCAGAGUGUUCAGAUGCUCUGUGGCUACAUCGUGACGCUAACAAAACUACACAUGACUGUUGGUGUUGAAAUAAAGAGUAAAACCUA